GACUCUUUAUACCAACCCCAGUGAGAAUGAUUUGUUGAGCACAAAACAGCACUUUCCCCCGAUUCAACAAAAGAAGAAGAAUGGAUCUGAUAGACAAGGCGAAGAAUUUUGUGACGGAGAAGAUAGCGAACAUGGAGAAACCGGAGGCAAGCAUCACCGAUGUGGAUCUGAAGAAGAUCGGUCUUAGUGGCCUUACCUUUCACGCUAAAGUCGCCGUUAAGAAUCCUUACUCUGUUCCUAUUCCUAUCAUGGAGAUUGAUUAUGUCCUCAAAAGCGCCUCCAGGGUAAUAGCAUCAGGAAGAAUUCCAGACCCAGGGAAUAUAAAGGCAAAUGACUCGACCAUGUUAGAUGUGCCAGUGCAGGUUCCACACAGUGUGUUAUUGAGCUUGGUUAAGGACGUUGGUGGAGAUUGGGACCUUGACUAUACACUCGAAUUAGGUCUCAUCAUUGACCUUCCUGUCAUUGGCAAUUUCACCAUUCCUCUCUCUUAUAGUGGCGAGUAUAAGCUUCCUACCUUGUCCGAUUUAUGGAAGGGUACUGGGAAAGAAGAAGAAGAGAAAGAAGAGACUGAAAAGGUUAGAGAGAUAUGAAGUACCAUUUUAGCUAUGUAAUAACUAUGGCUUCUAUUUGCCAUUUUUAAUUCAAUUGUUCAACAUAGAAGAUUGUACCUUGUUUCUUCUGGAGGGUACAAAGUUUCCAGCUAUACAUUAUGCAUCUUCUAAUUACAUGAAUUUGAGUUUUGAUCUUUUUCAUAGA